AUGGCCAACCAAAACAACGACUGGUCUCAACUCUACAACAACCAAACCUUCUUCACCACCACAACCACAACCACCACCGUCGCCGCCACGUCAGCUGAUUCGCCCGUGAGCCCCGAAAGCCGCCGUGCUUCAAAGCCAACACGUCGAAGAUCUAGAGCCUCUCGCCGUACACCCACUACGCUUCUCAACACGGACACAGCCAACUUCAGAUCCAUGGUCCAACAGUUCACCGGUGGUCCAUCCGCUGUGGCUUUUGGUUCGUCUUCCUCUGGUUUUAGCCUCACCUCGUCGGAUCCCACCGCCAGAGCUUCUUCCUUAGGCUAUCAAUACGCUAGUUUCCAGAACCAAGCCGCUCAUAACGAGAUACCUCAACAACAGAUACCGUAUACGUUUUCGUCUCCAAACCAUAUGAGUAGUCAUCUUAGCUAUCCUAACACGGUGGUCUCCGAUGGUUUUGUGGCGCCGGACGGGAGUAGAUACGGUAGAGAAGGAGGUAGAGGUUACGCUCCAUCGUCGGAGAGGAAUAACAAUACUACUUCAUGGUUGCAAUGA